CGGCUAAUGGCUCGCGCUGUGUGGAUGCUGCGGACGUAAGGUUUUCCAAGCUGUAGCAGCCGGAGCAUCUGCCUGCGUCUGCCUGCGGGUGUCACCCAGCGCUGUCGUCACACUCCACUGAAACACUGCUUUUAUUUUGGAAUAUAACAAAAGAGGUGGAAUCAUGUCUGCUGGCCCAGCGACACUGCGCAUCCUCAUAAAGGGAGGAAAAGUGGUGAAUGAUGACUUUACCCAGGAAGCAGAUGUGUACAUUGAGAAUGGCAUCAUUCAGCAAGUGGGCAAAGAGCUGAUGAUCCCAGGUGGUGCCAAGGUGAUAGAUGCCACAGGCAAACUGGUGCUUCCGGGGGGCAUCGACACAAGCGUUCACCUGCAGGAGAGUUUCAUGAACGCCUCCACUGCCGAUGAUUUCUACAGUGGCACCAAGGCUGCUCUGGCUGGAGGCACGACCAUGGUGUUCGGCCACGUGCUGCCUGAGAAGAACGAAUCUUUGCUGGAUGCCUAUGAGAAAUGUCGAGCUCAUGCUGAUGCCAAGACCUGCUGUGACUACGCUCUUCAUGUUGCUGUGACCUGGUGGAGUCCCAAGGUGAAGACACAGAUGGAGACACUGGUGAGAGAAAAAGGAGUGAACUCCUUCCAGAUGUACAUGGCUUACAAGGACUUGUACAUGCUGAGGGACAGCGAGCUGUUCCAGGCCCUGCAGCAGUGUAAAGAUAUCGGAGCCAUAGCCCGGGUACACGCUGAGAAUGGAGAGCUGGUGGCUGAGGGUGCCAAAGAAGCGUUGGAUCUGGGCAUCAGUGGACCAGAAGGCAUCGAGAUCAGCAGGCCUGAAGAGCUGGAGGCAGAGGCAGUGCACAGAGCGAUCACCAUUGCCAACAGAGCUCACUGUCCUAUAUAUCUGGUUAACAUAGCCAGCAUGUCAGCAGGAGAUGUUUUGGCCUCAGGGAAGAUGCACGGUAAAGUGGUGCAUGGGGAAACCACCACUGCCCAUGCUGUUAUAAACGGGCUGCAGUACUACCACCAGGACUGGGUUCAUGCUGCUGCAUAUGUCACUGUUCCUCCCUUGAGGCUGGACCCCAACACACCCAACUUCUUGCUCAGCCUGCUGGGAAGUGACACUCUGAACGUGGUGACGUCAGACCACCGUCCAUUCAACACCAAGCAGAAAGCCAUGGGCAAAGACGACUUCACUAAGAUCCCUCAUGGAGUGCCCGGAGUGCAAGACCGCAUGAGUGUCAUCUGGGAGAAAGGAGUGGUUGGAGGAAAGAUGGAUGAAAAUCGGUUUGUUGCUGUCACAAGCUCUAAUGCAGCAAAGAUCUACAACCUGUACCCCAGGAAAGGCAGGAUCAUCCCAGGAGCUGAUGCUGAUGUGGUAGUCUGGGACCCCGAUGCAACCAGAACCAUCUCUGUGACCACUCAGUGGCAGGGAGGUGAUGUGAAUCUGUAUGAAGGUCUGCGCUGUCAUGGUGUGCCACUGGUCACCAUCAGCCGUGGCCGCGUCGUCUACGAAAACGACAUCUUCACCUGUGCUGAGGGUUCUGGAAAGUUCUACCCUCUCCGAACCUUCCCAGACUUUCUCUACAAGAAGAUGGUGCAGCGGGACAAGUGCCAGGUUCUGAAGGGAGUGGACCGUGCUCCCUACACAGGAGAAGUGGCUGCCGUGCAGAACACAGGGAAAAAGGAGGCAGCUCCGUCAUCUGGGGACAUGGCACCACGACCCUGCACACGUCACGGUGGAGUGAGAGACCUGCAUGAGUCCAGCUUCAGCUUAUCUGGUGUCCAGAUUGAUGACGACCUUCCAAAGAGAUCUUCCCAAAGGAUCCUGGCUCCUCCUGGUGGUCGAUCCAGUGGCAUAUGGUAACGUCAGCUGCAGCUAUUUUUGGAACCACCGAAUAACUAAAGUGGAAACUAAACACUAAUAAUAUCUGAUGAAUUCACAUCGACCAAAAUGUAUUUAACCCUUGUCACUUUGCUACUAGCAUAAUUAAAUGUCCAUGUUAAUGAUUUCAGGAAGUUAAAAGAAAAAUAAUAGUGUAAAAAAAAAAAAAAAAAACGGGCAGGGGGUUAUUUAGAAGGAAAACGAAAAACAAGGUAUCUGUGGUUUGUAGAUCCUGUGUGAGACAUGUGGGUUUUGAUGAAUUACACUAGCAUUGAAUUACUCUGGUUUUGGUGUCAUAUAGUUGAUUUGGUAAAGGUGCAAAACAAGUCCUCCUCCGAUCCUGUCUACUUCACUUUAUAUCACUAUCUUUAUUCCGAACAGUGCACUGUGAUAUGCAACAGUUAAAGGAAUACUUAAGACAUUUUUCCAACCUGAUUUACAUCCAGUUUUAUGAAAUUCUCAUGGACAAGAAUGUUAUGAGUACUUUCAGUCAUUUCCCUCUACUAAGAAAACAGUAAAAAAAAACAAGAGGCGUGAACCGUUACUGAUGCUCCAACAUCUGCCUUUAGAGUUUCGCCAAAACAGGUUUUUUUUUUGUUUGUUUUCUCGAUACAGAGAAAUGUUGAAUCUAUUGUCAGUUGCACAAACUGUUCAUAUAUGUGCUAUUCUAUUGGGUUGUAAAAAGUCUGGAAUACUCCUUUAAAAGAUGUGUACAUUUGGCAGGAAUUUUGAACAAACAUUACAGUAAUAAGACCGCAGCUAAUGGACAUGGGACAAUGUAUAUCAUCGUAUAUUUUGCCACAUUUUUAAAUGAUUUGGGCACAUGACUAUGUGUUUACCUCAGUGUUUUAUCUUUGGAAUUGCACUUAUGUACAGUAACUACCCUGCCUCCUCAUUUGUUAAGCUGUACAUCUGUUGUGGUGUUCAAAUAACACAUUAAAAAUGAUGCUUCUAUAUCGCAGCCUCUGUAUCGCUUUUGUGUUUUCAGUGUGUAUAAUAAUCCAUAAUUUAUUUUCUUUCAAAUGACUGUUGACUUGUGGAUGAUUCAAAAGCAAGUUAAAGUGCUAGAUCGAAUCUUGUUAAGGCCACAGCUUAUGAUUCAGCCAGAAACUGUGUAUGUUCAUAUUGGUUUAUUUUUUCCUAUUGUUUCAGCCUUUGGUUUGACCACAUGACAAGGCGAGUGUGGUAACAGUGGUGUGUCCCUGUGUGGUAGACUUGUGUUGUGUUGCCAAGUGUUAUCGAUAGCUGUUCAUUCUUAGAUUUACUGAGAGUGUUUAUGGUCAAGUAAUGUAGUACCGUACUGCCCAUUAAUGUGAACCAAUAUAAAUGCCAUGUUUACAGUGUCACAUAUCAGGAUUGAUUUUCUUAUUUAAAUCUGACUGCAGCAUCCUUAUGUAAUUGCCUGGGAUUUCCUAUUUGAGUUUGACACAGUAACACCAGUAAUAUUAUGAAACAAAUGGCUUUGUUGUUUUUAAAAUCAUGUUAAACACAUUUUUAAUCAUUUUUGAGACUUGAAAUAGGGAGAAAUAGGCUUUUAGAGAUAGGCUUUUAGAGAUCACCAAAAAAAUACACCCUUUAAGAUCUGUAAAUGUUUCAAAACUCAACACUUUAUUGAUCACAUGAAUUAUGAUCUACACGAUCAACAUUUAAUUAUGAUCGGUGAAUAAAUAAACUGAAAAUGGCUCACAGACAUACUGAAGUGCUAAAUUAAAGGAGAUUUUUUGCUAGCAUGUCUUUUACCGGUUCUGCUACUUCGGACAUAUUGUGAGACCCCACUGUCUCCCGAUAUGUAAUACAGUAACAGAAAACUUUAAAUUAAAGAAACAAUCCAGACACACCAGAUGCACUUGGAUGAUUUCUUUAUUGGUGCUGAAUAUUCAUGUGUGUGGAUGUUUUGGUUUCCUUUUGGAACUCUCUCAAUGUUUCUCAAUUGUUAUUUUUUAUAUGCCAUGUAUGUAUGCACUAGAAGUGUAUGUGUAAUUUUCCUCUUCAAAUAAACCCUGUCCAAACUUGUA